ACCUGCUUGUCAUUUUUCUUCCUUCUUUAUUCUUUAGCUGCUUCUUCCUCUUGGAUCCAAUCUCUGCUUUGUUCAGUUUCUCAUUCUUCUCUCCCAUUAAAAAAAUUCCUCUUUUUUCGCUCAUGGCACAACUUGUAGCUUUUAGUUUAUAGUAUUCUAGUGCUAUAAAUAGAAAUAGUGAGCUGAACAAGGAAACAGACCUGGUUACAAUGGCUAUCGGGUUUCUUUCUCUGUUCGUGCUGUUCUUCUUCGUCUCUGUAUCAAGUGCAGAAUUCUCGAGCAUUCCAGGGGUCAACUAUGGCCAAGUGGGGAACAAUCUGCCAUCGCCAUUGAAGUCGGUGGAGCUCAUCAAAUCUCUUAAAGCCAAACGCGUCAAAAUCUACGACGCAAAUCCAGAAAUCCUAAAAGCCCUAAGUAACACAAACCAUCAAGUCUCAGUCAUGGUCCCCAAUCAACUCAUCGUUAACAUCUCCUCCAACCAAACCCUCGCCGGCGAAUGGAUCAAAACCAAUGUGCUUCCUUUCUACCCUAAAACCCUCAUUCGCUACCUCCUCGUUGGCAACGAGGUCAUCAGUAGUGGCCCGCCGGAAGUCUGGGCGGCGCUCGUACCGGCGAUCCGACGAAUCAAGCAUUCUCUCAAAUGCUUCGGGAUUCACAAGGUCAAGGUCGGAACUCCGUCAGCCAUGGACGUGUUGGAAUCGUCGUUCCCGCCGUCGAACGGAACUUUUCGGAGUGAUAUUGCCGAUCGGAUCAUCAGACCAAUGUUGCAGUUCUUGGAUCGGACCAAGUCGUUCUUUUUCCUCGAUGUGUAUCCGUAUUUCGCGUGGAUUUCAGAUCCUAAAAACAUAAAUUUGGAUUACGCGCUUUUUGAGUCGAAGAACGUAACGGUUACGGAUCCCGGCACGGGUUUGGUGUACCACAAUAUGUUCGACCAGAUGGUUGACGCUGUGUAUUUCGCGAUGAAGCGACUCGGGUAUCCGAAUAUUCGGAUCUUCAUCGCCGAAACGGGUUGGCCCAAUGGAGGGGACGUUGACCAGAUUGGCGCUAAUAUUCACAACGCUGCAAUUUACAAUCGAAAUUUUGUGAAGAAGGUUACGACUAAACCGCCGGUAGGCACGCCGGCUCGACCAGGUUCCAUUCUCCCGUCAUUCAUCUUCGCUUUGUAUAAUGAGAACCAGAAACCGGGUCCAGGCACGGAGCGCCACUUUGGGCUGUUGUACCCGAACGGGUCACACGUGUACGAGAUUGAUCUGUCCGGGAAGACGCCGGAGUCGGAGUACAAGCCAUUGCCGCCGGCGGAGAACAAUGAGCCAUACAAAGGGAAGAUAUGGUGUGUGGUAGCUGAGGGAGCCAAUAAGACGGCCCUGCCGGCUGCGUUAUCGUACGCUUGCUCGCAGGGCAACAAAACUUGCGAUGCGAUCCAACCCGGAAAGCCGUGUUUCAAACCCGAUUCGUUGGUUUCUCAUGCCAGUUAUGCCUUUAGCUCAUACUGGGCCCAGUUCAGGGCAUCAGGUGGGACCUGCUACUUCAACGGCCUUGCCACGCAAACGACGAAGGAUCCAGGUCAUGGAUUGUGCAAAUAUCCAAGUGUGACGCUGAAAUAGGCAAGUGGGAAUAUUUUUUUUUUUUGUUGGGGCAAGUGGGAGUUUCAUUACUCAACAAUUGAAUAAUUAUUGGUGGAAUAUUUAUGGAAGGAAUCAUUCAAUUCCAUUAUGAUUCAUAUGGUAUGGUCAAAUUUCAGAUGGGACGCCACAAAAAAAAAAAAAGGAUUAUCCAUUCGAUAUUUUCAAAUUUCAGAUGGGACUUAAAGGGGGAAAAAAGAGGCUUUAUUUUGUUAGAGAUCCGUGAUUCACUAAUUGUUGAUUUAUUACUUUUGGUGAAUGUAUGUUUCUCCUUUGGGUAGCAUUAUGUUAUUAAGUUUUCUUUUCACGUUAUUUUUCCGUCAAUUAUUGUUCAUGCACAAUAAUAAUAAAUCCUUGGCCACAAGUCUAUCUUUUUCUA